AUGGCUAGAAAGAGAUCUGCGAUAGAUUUCCAGUUCGGUGAAUGUAUUGGGGAAGGUUCCUACUCUAAGGUGUACAGAGGUGUCUCUAUACACAACCACCGGACGUAUGCAAUCAAGAUUCUUUCGAAGUCUCACAUACAUAGAGAGAACAAACGCAAGUACGUCAACAUAGAGAAGGACACACUCAACAUAUUGGGCAAACAUCCCGGGAUAGUGACCUUGUAUUAUACUUUCCAAGACGAAAAGUCGCUUUAUUUUGUGAUAGACUUUGCCAAAAAUGGCGAGCUGCUGUCACUGAUUCGCAAAAUGGGAUCUCUCAGUGAAACAUUGAGCAAAUACUAUUUUGUGCAACUGAUUGAUGCUGUCGAGUUCAUACACUCGAAGGGAAUUAUCCAUAGAGACUUGAAACCGGAAAAUGUUUUGCUUAACCACGAGUGGAAAUUGAUGAUUACAGACUUUGGGGCGGCUAAGAUCUUGUCGCAAGAGGAGAGGGCCAAUGGCUGCACGCAGCCCAUGAAUGAAAUAGGGCGGGAAAUUAGCAACCAGUCAAGCAACGGAUCGUUUGUUGGAACGGCAGAGUACGUUUCCCCUGAGCUACUGAAGUACAACAUUUGCGGGUUCGAAUGUGAUCUGUGGGCCUUGGGUUGCAUUCUCUAUCAAUUCAUUGUCGGAAGACCUCCAUUUAAAGGUCAGACAGAAUAUUUGACGUUCGAGAAAAUCAUUUCUCUAGAUUACAGCUUCCCCAAAAACUACUUUGUCCCACCGCAGAUUGAGCAGGUAAUCAGAAGCCUACUGGUGGUUGAGCCAGAAAAGAGGUGCAAGAUCGAAGAUCUCAAAAUGCAACCCUGGUUGCAAAACAUAGAUUGGGACAACAAAGAUUUCAUCUGGAGAACUAAGGUUCCAAAAUUGGAGGCAUAUAAUCCGCGUCUGCAAAAUUUGCUUCAAUUAAGACAUACGUCUUCAUCAAAUUCUAGCCUGAACUUCUACGGUCCUCCAGAUGGUAAAAUCAUCGGCAAGACACCUUCCGUACCACAACAUGCUCUCAAACGACAGAUAAUGAACGCACAAAAUAAUCCACAGUUGAUGAACAAAGUACUGUCUCACCGACUUGCGGAAAAGGAUCAACAAGUCAAAAAUCGAUUGCUAGUCAAUCAAAUGGCCCCUGUCGCAGCAAACACAAGCAUCCCGAAAUCGCCAAUAUCCAGUGAGCUUCGAAACAAGAACGACAUUGUUGAGAGAAGAAACAGCUUACAGUUUGUCAACGGCGAUAGUUCCUCCAUCACCCCACCAGCUUCUGAACCCCCCUCACCGUCCGAAACAUCCCUAAGAACCACCUUGCGUAUAAUUGAUCCUAGACACAGUCAUGAAAAGACAUCUUCUAUCAAAACACCUCCCCUGUCAACCAACAUAGAGACGCAUUCCUCAAACUCCUCCCCCUUGCAAACAUUCGUCAAGCGCGUGUCGUCGGAGUCUUUAUCGAGAAGUUCUUCAAGUUCGGUCCUUGUCAAAACAGGCGAUCAAUCGGAUAGGAAACCAAUCAUGCGCGCUCCUUCCAUCAACGAACUUUUGGGGAUCCCACAACCGAGCUCACAAGCAGUGAGUGCAGCGGGUGCAAUAGGAAACAUGAUGUCACAUAAGAGGGCGCUGCAAGCUUCUCAGAGCGUCUCGAGCUCUCAAUACCAACAGCAGCAACAACAACAAAUGAUCAAUCCUAUUUUACUCGACAAACAGAUCCCCAAGAGCAUCACGAGUAAACUAAUGGCCAAUGAAUACAUUCUCAAGCUUGACAACAUUCUCAAAUCCGAGCUGACGCAUAAGCCGAAUCAGUUUGUUCCCCAGGGUUAUACUUUGGAUGACAAUAUUUUGAACAAGGUGAUUACAGAGAAUUACCAAAGCUUGAAUCGGGACCUCAAAAGUUGCGUUCUAAUUAUCACCUCGAUGGCUCGCUUGCUAAUCUAUGAAAUCAAUUCAGAUUUUAAGUUGCAGAAUCCUCAGUCAUCCACACAAUUGCAGGCAAUGGAUUUCUAUUCGAAAAUAGUUGAGGUUAAGCUAACUAACCGCAACGUGUCGAUGUACGACUACGAAUUCGACGAGGAAUUGAAAGAAGGAUACCUUAUCUUGGAGUUGAUGAAUAUGAACAAGCUAAUAUUUCUGAGUGCCUAUGAUUCAAAAACAUUGGUUAGAGGGGGGAUCAACUCAAAUGUAAGAGUGGGCUUCAAAGUGAAUGAAUCGGUUUCGUGGAUUGAUUCGCUUUUGAAAGCCCGUGAACUUUUGCGGCAAAGUAAGGAAACAGGCCCUGACUCUGCAACAAAAGUUAAGACAAACACUGCUCCCAAGAGAGCAAGCAGGCCAGGGUCUGCAUCUAAAUUAGUGAGAAGAAGCUCCUCGCAAAAUGGGACAGUCAGCUCUGUUAGCAGCGGCAUCAGACAAAUGGACUUAUCAGAUAAGUCGAGCGCAGCAGCGGCUGCCGCCAUGGCCAUUGGGAAGAAUGCACAUUGA